AUGGUUCGCAAAACGACAACGACGUCGUCAACAAUCACUUUUGAAAAUAAGAAACUUGUAUCAAUUAAACUACCAAUAACAGCAUUUGCUUUGCCAACAGUAGCAAACAUCUUCAAAUCAACGAAAGCAGCUGCAGAAGCAGCUGCAGAAACAGCAGCAAAGACGACGACCACAGCAACAGUAACGACAACAUCUUCACAAAUUCUACGGAAUCCUUUUCUUAAGAGAUUGAAACGCGCUGGGCUGGAUGAAUACCAAAAGUUUGUACUUUCCAUUUAUCGUUUGUACUCUCACACGUUUAUAUCACGAUACAAAUACCUAAAGAUAUACAGCAGCAUUCAGAAACACAACAACAGCAACAACAAUUUACAUACAUCAGCAAUACAACAACGGCAACAACAAUCCACAUACAAUAACUACACACGGUUCAUGGCAGAACCUCACAUUCGCCAUACUCGCAAAUGCAUAACAACACCUGACAGGCAUAUGCGAAAGAUGAAACUACAAGAUAUGAAGAGGAGCGAAUGUAUUGCCUAUUUUAGAUUUUUUGUCUUUGCCAACAAUCGCACGAACAACAAUAACUUCAACAACUACAUCAUCAAAGACGACAACAACAACAAUUACAUCAUCAACGACAACAGCAGCAACAACAGCAGCAGCAACAACAACAACAAUAAUGUUGGCGAAAAUUUUGACGACUUUUUCCAGAGAUGCAAAAAGCACAUUGUACUGCACGAGAUAAGAACUACAAACAACAACGACAACAACAACAACAGCAACAACAACAACAACAGCAACAACAACAGCAACAACAACAACAACAGCAACAACAACAGCAACAACAACAACAACAACAAUGAUGACAACAACUAUUACACAGUUAUAGGCGAUGCGAGAGAAUUUUUCAACGACGGUUUGAUUGAGAAUAUCAAUAGUAAUAGUAAUAAUAAUAAUAAAAAUAAUAAUAAUAAUAAAAACAAUAAUAAUAAUGAUGAUGAUGGAACUAUUAUAAAUAAUAAGAACAUUGUCGUUAAUGAUGGCGCCAAUAACGACAAAAGACUUAGAAAAUCGGGUUAUAACAGGCUGAAGUCAGACUCCGAUGGUAAGAGGCAUAGUAAAAUUGGGUCGCAAAAAAUUGACAACAAAAACAUCAACAUCAACAUCAAUAAUAAUAAUAAUAAUAGUAAUUAUAAUAAUUAUAAUUAUAAUAAUAAAAAGAAUAAUAGUAAUAAUGAUAUAUAUAGCCACACAGCUUCGCGAGAUAACAAUGACAGUGUCACUGGCUAUGUUGUCUACCCAUCUCGCUACAGAUCAGGUAACGUAUUUGAGUUUAAUCUGCUCAGUAUUGUUAAUGUCUGGCGGAAAACAUUAAAUAGCAUUGAUGACAGUAACAACAACAACAACAACAUUAAUAAUAAUACUAACAUGAUAUCGUUAUUUAGCGGUCUGAUUGCUAGGAUCGAUCUGUGCUUCAAUUUAGAUGAGAGGAAGAAAAAAAACAACAAAAAAUUUUCUUCCUCCACAUCCUCCUUAUCAUCUUCCUCAUCAUCUUCAUCUUCUUCAUCAUCUUCAUCAUCAUUUACAAUUAUAACCGGACGCCGAAAGUUUGUAACGUUUGAGGUAACUUUACUUCUUACUAGCGAUUCUUGUAACAGCAGCAGCAGCAGCAGCAACAACAACAGCAGCAAUGACGACAACAACAUCAGAAAUAUCGACAACAACAACGACAAUGGUGAUGAGAAUGAUGAUGUCAACAACAACAACAACAACAGCAACAACAACAAUUGUGACAGCAACAAAGAUGAAACAAGUGAAGAAAUAACCAUAGCGAACCUAGUAGUCGUAGAAACGAUAAACCGGAAAUACAACAUCCAACUUCCGCACUCUCUAAUGAAGAAACUUCAAAAUGGCGUCACGCGUUUAAAAGUGAACUGCGAAGAAUGCAAGCAUAUGAUAAAGAGAGGCCAUAGAAGUAGCAGAAAAUCUACGUCAAUUAUGACGUCAUCGUCAUCUUCCACCUCUUCAUCCAAAUACCCUUCGGAGAGUCUUCACUUGGAAAUAACGAUGCGAAAUGCGAAUUAG